UAUCAUGACAUCAUGUCUUGCCACCCAGAAAACUUUCAGUGGGAGCACUGGAGUUUUGAAAAUGUUGCUACCAUACUUGCUCGCCGGUUCCCUAAUAGCUUUAUUUGGGUUGUAAAGUGUUCUCGAAUGCACCUGCACAAAUUCAGUUGCUAUGACAACUUUGUGGCAAGCAACAUGUUUGGAGCACCAGAGCACAGCACUGACUUUGGAGCUUUCAAGCAUCUCCAUGCAUUGCUAGUUAAUGCAUUCAGAUUCUCUCAGAAUAUUCUGCUGUCCCAGAAAAGUGUGCAUGGUGUCAGCAAGGAUGCAAAAAUAGCUGCUUGUAAAUCACAGCCACAGUCUGUUCCUACAACAAAUGGCUGCUCAUCCACAGAAAGAGAGAGAGAUUGUGAAUGCUCUAAUAAUUCUGCUAUGAACUUCAUUAUACCGUCUGCUGUAGGUGCAGUGUCGUUUACUUUGAUUGGCUUCAGUAAAGGUUGUGUGGUUUUGAACCAGCUGCUUUAUGAGCUGAAGGAAGCUAAAAAAGACAAGAAUACAGAUGCCUUCUUAAAAAACAUAAAAGCAAUUUACUGGUUGGAUGGUGGUCACUCAGGAGGAAGCAAUACUUGGGUUACUUACCCUGAAGUGCUGAAAGAACUUGCAGAGACAGGAAUUGAAGUUCAUGCUCAUGUUACACCAUACCAAGUGUUUGACACUAUGAGGUCAUGGAUUGGGAGAGAGCAUGAGAAAUUUGUACAGAUACUUGAAGAAUUUGGUGUGGAAAUAAAUGAUCAACUACAUUUUGCUGAUGACGUUCCCUCCUUAGAUAACCAUUUCAGAGUUCAUGAAGUAUUUUGAGACUGUAUGUAUCUGAAUAGUAUAUUCAUUACAAAAAAUACUUCUAACACUGUAAAUGUUGUCAUCUAGAUUUGAGACUUUGAGCAGAUGCUUUCUGAAGAGAAUACUAAAUCAGUCCUGUGUUACUCAUAGAUACUAUAUAUAAAUUUCAGUAGCUUAAAAAGGAAGAUUGGGACCCCAUAACUACAACAGAUGUUGUCGUUUGAUUCCU